GGAUUUUCCAGCACGGGCGCGAAAGCCAGCACGAGGCAGCCCCACAUGAAGCAGCUCCAGGCGACGUAGCGAGAGACGUAGCGGCGAUGGGUAACCAGCUGGUGAUCGCGAAGCCGGCGAGCGUGGCGUCGGACUACUGGCUGCACGACCUGCCGCGCGGCGUGGUGCUGAAGGACGUGCUGGCGCCGGGCCGCUUCCUCAAGACGCUCGAGUGCUUCCACCACGAGGGCCGCGUCGUCGUCAAGGUCUUCCUCAAGCGCGCCGAGCUCGCCGUGCCGCUACAGGCGUACGAGCAGCAGCUGAAGGUCAUCCGCCACCGGCUCUCAGGCAUCGACCAGUCGCACGUCUGGCCCUUCCAGAAGUGGUACGAGACGGAGCGGGCGGCGUACCUGCUGCGGCAGUACCUCUUCAGCACACUGCACGACCGCCUUGGCACGCGGCCCUUCCUCGGCCUCACCUUCAAGAAGUGGAUCGCCUUCCAGAUUCUUAAGGCGCUGGACCAGGCGCACUCGCGAGGCGUCUGCCAUGGCGACCUGAAGAGUGACAACGUGUGUGUGACGGCAUGGCACUGGGUGUAUCUGGUGGACUGGGCGCCCUUCAAGCCUGUGCUCGUGCCAGCCGACAACCCCGCCAUCUUCUCCUUCUUCUUUGACACCGGCCCCGGCGGCCGCCGCCGCUGCUGCAUCGCCCCGGAGCGGUUUGUGACAGCAAGCGAGUGGAGGCAGAGUCAGAGCGAAGGAGGGGGUUCGGGUGCACAGUUGCAGCCAGCCAUGGAUGUGUUUUCCGCGGGGUGUGUGAUAGCGGAGAUGUUUCUGGACGGCGAGGUGCUCUUCGACCUCUCCUCGCUGCUCGCAUACGUCCACGGCGCUUACAACCCUCAAUCGCGCAUUGACCGGAUCCCAUGCCCCUCGGUGCGAGCGCUGGUGGCGCACAUGGUGCAGAGGGAUCCCUCGCACCGCCUGCCGGCUGCGGCGUACCUGUCGGCCUUCAGCGACCCCCUCGGUGGCGGAGGGGCGCUCUUCCCGCAGCCCGCGUUUGACACGCUCCACGAUGAGCUCUUCUGCCGCCUGCCCUCCCUGGAUGCCGACGGGCGGAUAGCCUUCACCCGCCAGCUCUACCCGCGCCUAUCUCGCGUCAUCGCUGCCUCGCUGCACGGCCAAGGGGAGGGGGAAGGGGAGGGGGAGGGCGGGGAGGGCGGGGAGGGCAGGGCUGGGGAAGUGGAGAGGGGGGAGAGUGGGGAAGAAGAUGAUGGGGAGCCGGGGAGUGAUCAGGAGGAAAUAGCAGAGGGAAGGGGAGCGGAGGAGAGAGCACUAGAGCGGGGGAGUGAGGAAGGGGGUCUUGUUGUGCAAGUAGAGAGCAGUGGCAGGGAGAGUGAUAGGAGUGAGCAGGGCGGCAGCACUGGGCAUGAUGAUGCCACAGGCGGCACUGUAGCUGCUGCUGGCACCGGAGCAAGAGAAAGCGCGGUGCCAUCGCAAAGAGCCAGCACGGCCACAUGGGGGGGUAGCGACAGCAUGAGUGGGGCGGUGGGCAACAGCGGCAGCGCCAUGGUGCUGCUGGUGGGGCUGCUCACCGCAUGCCUGCGCAACGCCCGCCUGCCGCACUCGCGCCGCCACUGCCUGCUGCUCCUGCAGUCCGCCGCGCACCAGUGCUCCGAUGCGGUCUGCCUGCAAGCCAUCGCGCCCUUCGUGGUGGCUGUGCUCGCUCAAGACGGGCUCACAUCAGCCUCCCCGCUGCACUCGCUGGAUGGGCUGGUGGGCGCGCUGGCCAACCCGCCUGUGGUGCGCUGCACCGCGCUGCACGUGCUCACAGGGCUGUUGGCGCGCGUGCGCUCCUUCCCCUCCACUGAUGCGCGCUUCUUCCCCGAGUACCUGCUGCCCUCGAUCUCGCUGCUCCCCCGCGCGCCCGAUGAGAGCGUGCGCGCGGCGCUCGCCCUGUGCCUGCCCGCCCUCGCUGCGUCGGCGCUGCGCUUCCUGCUGCUGGCCGCGGGGGACAGGCGGGCGAGUGGAGGGAGGGAGGCGGCGAAUGAAGAGGGGGGAGGGUUGGAGUGGCUGCGAGGGCAACAACGACAGCACAGGCAAGAACGGCACCAGCAACGUGCCGGCGUUGCCUGUGCCGGCCUCCAGUCUCCCCCCGUCCCACUGGGCCAGCAGUGGCGCCACUCUCGCCACCCUCAAAGCCCUGGCAGCAGCAGCGGAGUGCCUCCCCUCGCAGCAUGCGCCCGAGCUGGCAGAGCUGCGAGAGGCGGUGCGCAUAGCAGUGGAGGAGCUCGCCACGCUCCCCCGCAGCACGCCGCCCAUCCGCCUCACCCUCCUGCACCACGCGCCCGCCCUCGCUGUCUCCUGGGCGUGCCUCUGGCCACCAGCGCUCUGCUCCCGCUGCUCAUCACGUUCCUCAACGACCCCUCCCCCCGCGUGCGCACCGCCUUCUUCCACUCCCUCCCCGCCCUCUGCCCGCACGUCUCCCCCUCCGCCCUGCCUGCCUUCCUCCUGCCUUGCCUCGAGCAGGCCCUGGGGGACCCCUCCGAUUCCUCUGUGCCUGCCGCUGCUGCCGCCUGCCUUGCUCUACUCGCCCGCUCCCACCACCUGCAGCAGCGGCGGUCGCUGCUGUCUGCUGUGAGGCACGUGGCGCCGCUGCUGCGCCACCCGGGGAAGGAUGUGCGGGACGCUGCUGUGGCGUUUGCUGCUGCCGCUGCCGGGGAGUUGAAGCCUGCUGACGCCCAUGCGCUGCUGCUGCCGCUGCUCUCCCCCUCCCUGCGCUACCGCCCCGCGCUCGUCACCUCCCAUGCCUCCCUUGCUGCUGCCCUCAAACCACCGCUCUCAACCCAUCCGGCCUUCCCAAACCAGCCAUCCUUUUCGACUCAACCACCACCAGCCGCCAGGCAGGCCAGCGCGUCGCAAGCAGCAUCUGACCCCCUCAUGCCCCACAUGCACUCUGCAGUAUUUGCCACAGGUGCUGCUGCUUCUGCUGCUGCUGCCGUGGGUCAUUAUAGGGAACCUGUUGUUGCUGCCAGCACCGGUGCUGCUGAUGGUGCCCGUGGUGGUGUCGCGGGGGAGAGUGGGCAGGUUGCAGCAGCGGUGGGAGAUGGUGGUGUGUGUAGUAGAGGGAUCCGAGGCAGGGAGGAAGGAGUUGGGGCGACGCAAGGACAGAGUGCGGUGGAGGCGGGUGUGGCAGAUGUGACAAGUACAGGGCAGGGAGGGAGCGAGCCAGCAGCAUCAUCACAACAGCAGGGCCAGCUGCAGUCGCCUGCAGAAAUUGCAUCGUCAAUACAUGCACACUCUUUCUCGCACUCCCUGUCAGCGCCACACGGUGCACGUCCUGUAGGCACAGGCCCAGUGGGCGCGGGUCCAGCAGCGCCAUACACGGCCAUGGCUGCUGCAUAUGCCAGCAUGCGGCGCGACAUGGGCCAGCCAUGGCCCUCGCUCCCACCCAGCACUCCCUGGCCCGCCACACCCCUCCAUGGCGCCCCACCUGCCCCAUGGCCCGCCGCAUCCCACUCUCUUCUCGUCCCCCCCCUCCCUCCCCUCCACCCCUCCAUCUCUCCACUCCAACCUCUUCGAUUCCCUUCUCCUCGCCCCGCGUCCUCUCCUCUCUCCCUCUCCCUCUCCCUCUCCCUCCACCGCCCCCCUCCCCCCCCAACCACCCUCCCGCCCUCCACCCUCACCUCCUCCGCCACUCUCCGCCCCUUUCCCGCCCAUCCCCUCUCCCCCCACUCCCUUCCCCCCUUACAUGCGCCCCUUGGUCCCUCUGCCCCGUCGCUCCCCUCGCCCUCCUCUCCCCCCUCCCCCCACUCGCCCUCUGCGUCCUUCUCUCCCCCCCCUGCCAGCCCGGACACCCACCUGGCGCUGGACCUGCCGUCCCUCGCCGUGCCGCUCUACUCCCUCGCGCACGCCUCCCCCUCGCUGCCCGCCUCUGCCUCCACCUCUGCGCUGCCCUCCGCCUCCCUCUCGCCCCCCUCUCUGCCUCCCCUCCCCUCAACCCUCUCACGCUCUGCCUCGCCCACUGCCCCUCUUGCUGCAGCUGCCCCUCUUGCUGCAGCUGCCCCUCUUGCUGCAGCUGCCCCUCUUGCUGCAGCUGCCCCUCUUGCUGCCACUGGAGCAGCUGCGGCCCCUGCAGCCUCUGCUGCUGGUUCAGGGAGAGCCAAUCUAGGUGCGGCGUCAGGUGCACAAGCUGCUGCUGUUCCAGCUGCUGCGGUUGCGGCUGCAGCAACUGCUGCUGCUGCUGGCACGCCUGACUCUGCCUCUAAGACUGCAUCCCCACCAGUUGAGCCUGCAUCACUCAGUCAAGCCAACGCUCAGCUCAGCGCACACCGCGAGUCCAAUGCGGAAGCAUGCAAGCAGUCCAAUGGUGCAUCUGCUGCAGCGCUCCAACCACCUUCCACCAACCUCUCAUCUCCCUCCGAUCUUCCCUUCGCCUUCGAUUCUCUGGACGACCUCCCCUCUCCCUCUCCUACCGCUUCCCCUCACCAUACUGCCCCCUCUGCCGCCCAUCCGUCCCUCCCUUCACCCAUUACCCCUGUUACCCCUGCCACACCCACUGCACCCACCACCACUGCACUCACCACCUCUGCACCCACCACCACCGCACACACUCCCACUCUAUCCGCGCCUCCCUCCUCUCACGCCCUCCCUACUGGUUCCUCGCUUCUUCCCCACACGGUGCUCGGUCCACCUCCUGCCGCCCACCCCCCUGUGCCUGUGGCCCACUCGCUUGUCUUCCUGGGCACCACUCAGCCCCACACUCGCAUCUCCUCCCUGUCCCACUCCCUCCGCUCCUCCCGCCGCUUCCCCUCGUUCACCCACCCUGCUCCUCAAACCCUGCCUGCUGCCAUGCCUGCUGGCAUGCCUGCAGCAGAGGUUCGGCGGGGAGGCGGUGUCGAGGGGUCGACAGGGGAGGAAGAGAGCAGUGGCGGGCUUGAGAGAGGAGCAGCAGGGGGAGGGAGAGAGGCGCAGAAGGCGGUGUUGGAGAGGCAGACGGCAGCAGAUGGUGGAGCUCAAGUUGACGUGCCUGCGCUUGCUGCACAGCCAGCCCAGGCAGCCCAGCCAUGGGUGCCUGCUCGCACCGCAGCUCAUCACCCUGCCAUGCCGCCUGCCACCACUGCUUCUGCUCAUCUCACGGAACCACGUGGGGCAAACCUGGGGCCCACUGGGCGUGCACAGCUGCCAGCAGCACAGCCAGCAGCAGACGCGGAGGCAGGGGCAGGGCGGCAGCGCCUGCAGCAGUGAGCGAGGAGGUGCAGCGGCUGCUGGGGUGGGGCAGUGCGGACGACGGCCCAGCCAUGCUGCCCUGCGCCCCCUCGCCGUCGUCUGUCUCGCAGGCUGCUCUGUGGCGGCCGCGCGGAGUGCUGGUAGCGCAGCUGCAGGAGCACACAGCGGCGGUCAACGCGCUCGCUGUGGCGCCCAACAGCCACUGGUUCGCGUCGGCAUCGGACGACGGCGCGGUUAAGGUGUGGGACGGCACGCGCGUGGACCGGGGUACCACCUUCCGCUCGAAACUCACGUACGCGCCCGGGGGAGG